GAGCCGCGGCCGCGGGGUGCCGAGGACUUUGCAACUUGCCCGGGAAGGUGGAGGGGCGAGAGGGGGAGGGGGACCACCGCACGACACCGAGCGGCCCGGGUUGGAGCGCCCAGCCCCGCAGCGGAUCAUGGUGCAGCAAGCGGAGAGCUUGGAAGCGGAGAGCAACCUGCCCCGGGAGGCUCUGGACACGGAGGAGGGCGAAUUCAUGGCUUGCAGCCCGGUGGCCCUGGACGAGAGCGACCCGGACUGGUGCAAGACGGCGUCGGGCCACAUCAAGCGGCCGAUGAACGCGUUCAUGGUGUGGUCCAAGAUCGAGCGCAGGAAGAUCAUGGAGCAGUCUCCGGACAUGCAUAACGCCGAGAUCUCCAAGAGGCUGGGCAAGCGGUGGAAAAUGCUGAAGGACAGCGAGAAGAUCCCGUUCAUCCGAGAGGCGGAGCGGCUGCGGCUCAAGCACAUGGCCGACUAUCCCGACUACAAGUACCGGCCCCGGAAAAAGCCCAAAAUGGACCCCUCGGCCAAGCCCAGCGCCAGCCAGAGCCCCGAGAAGAGCGCGGCGGGCGGCGGCGGCGGCGGCGGCGGCGGCGGGGGUGCGAGCGGCGGCGCGGGUGGCGCCAAGACCUCCAAGAGCUCCACCAAGAAAUGCGGCAAGCUCAAGGCCCCCGCCGCCCCCGCGGCCGCCGGCGCCAAGGCCGGCGCGGGCAAAGCGACUCAGGCGGGGGACUUCGGGGGCGCGGGCGAAGACUACGUGCUCGGCAGCCUGCGCGUGAGCAGCGGCGCGGGCGGCGGCGGCCCCGGCAAGACGGUCAAGUGCGUGUUCCUGGACGAGGACGACGAGGACGAGGAAGACGACGACGAGCUGCAGCUGCGGAUCAAGCAGGAGGCGGACGAGGACGACGACGACCCGCCGCACCAGCAGCUCCUGCAGCCGCCGGGCCAGCAGCAGCCGCCGCAGCUGCUGAGACGCUACAACGUCGCCAAAGUCCCCGCCAGCCCCACGCUGAGCAGCUCGGCCGAGUCCCCCGAGGGCGCGAGCCUCUACGACGAGGUGCGGGCCGGCGCCCCCUCGGGCUCGGGGAGCGGGAGCCGCCUCUACUACAGCUUCAAGAACAUCACCAAGCAGCAUCCGCCACCGCUCGCGCAGCCCGCGCUGUCGCCCGCGUCCUCGCGCUCCGUCUCCACCUCUUCGUCCUCCUCGUCCAGCAGCAGCGGCAGCAGCAGCAGCGGCAGUAGCAGCAGCAGCAGCAGCAGCAGCAGCGGCGGCGAGGACGCCGACGACCUGAUGUUCGACCUGAGCUUGAAUUUCUCCCAAAGCGCGCACAGCGCCAGCGAGCAGCAGCUGGGGGGCAGCGCGGCGGCCGGGAACCUGUCCCUUUCUCUAGUGGAUAAGGAUUUGGAUUCGUUCAGCGAGGGCAGCCUGGGCUCCCACUUCGAGUUCCCCGACUACUGCACGCCCGAGCUGAGCGAGAUGAUCGCAGGGGACUGGCUGGAGGCGAACUUCUCUGAUCUGGUGUUCACGUAUUGAGAAGGGGCGCCCUGCGUUCUCGCUCUUUCUCUCGGCGGGUGCAGAGCUGGGUUCUUUGGGAGGAAGUCGUGGCGAUCAUGAUGAUGAUGAUGAUGAUGAUGAUGGUGUUUGUGGAUGGUGGUGGUGGUAGGGUGGAGGGGAGAGAAGAAGAUGUUGAUAUGAUGUCGUGACACAAAGAAAUUGGAAAAGAUGAAAAUUUUGGUGGAGUUAAAAGUGAAAUGAGUAGUUUUUAAACAUUUUUUUCCCUGUCCUUAUAUUUUUUUUUGUUCCCCCUCCCCUCCCUUUCUUUAUCGUGUCUCAAGGUAGUUGCUUACCUAGUAUGGAGUUGUGAUUUUUCCCCCCCCAAAAUGUGUUUUUGUAAUUACCAUUUCUUUUUUUCCUGAAAUUCGUGAUUGCAACAAAGGAGGAGGGGAAGGGGCGGAGGAGGGGAGGGAGGACCCGCUCCGGAAGGCGCUGUUUGAAGCUUGUCUGUCUUUGAAGUCUGGAAGACGUCUGCAGUGAGGACCCUUUUGGCAGCACAACUGUUACGCUAGGGAGUUGAUUGGAGUUUUUUUUUGUUUGUUUGUUUUUUUGUUUUAUUUUUCUUAAGAGAUCUUAAAGAACUGGUGUUUUUUUUUUUAACAAACACAAAAACAAAAAGGGACCAUUACAACUUUUUUUUAUUAUUAUUUUUUUGGAGGGAGAAAACUGAUGUCUUCUAUGCAUCCGAUUCUUAACAAAACUGCAGGGAGCUUGAAAAAAUGCAGACUGUACAAACGCUUACAAAAAAAAAACUGUGAACUGACUUAAGAUCAGAGUUUACUUUUCAGAUCAAAUUGUUUAUGGUUUUACAAAUGUGAUUUCUACUUGCCAACUUUUUUUUUGUAACUUGUUCCCUUAUACCUCCUUGAUUGAAUACCAGACAGCCUAGACCUCAGUACAAAAGGUAUUGAAACAUUUUUGAUACAUAACAGACCUCAGUCUUUUUUAAAAAUUAAUAUAUUUUCAGGCGUAUUUUUGUACAGUGAAAAGGGAACAUUCUUGCUGUGUUUUUUCAGUAAGACUUUCAGGCACUUCUUCCCUUUUGAUUUUUUUUCCUCUGUUUUUUAGCAUGCAAGUAUGUUGGUACGUUAUGUCCUGGUUUUAAAAGGAUUAAAAUUUUAAAAUAAUCCUUGCAUCUAAAGGCCUUGUGGUUUAAAAAAAAAAGCAAACUUUUUUUUGUACAGCUAUAGUAGAGAUUUGUUCAAUAUUUGUAGGUAAAGAUUUAUUGAAAAUGGUGAUAUAGACCUCAGAGCUGUUAUCUUAGUUUAAAGAUUGUAUAUGUACUGUACUAUAGUAGGACUUUAUGUAUCUCAUACGCUGUGAUAUGUGGAUGGGGCCCCAGAUGGAAGGUUUGAAACUGGAUUCUCGAUUUUUAGCAAAAAAGAAAAGGCACAUAGUUUAAAAAGUUUCUCAUUUUGUGCAAUAUAAUCUAAAUAAAGUACAGACCAUCUGCAUAUUUUGUAGCAAAUGGUGGCAAAGCAGACUCAAUGCACUGUCGACAUCAUUGCCUGUUUUUUUUAAAAAAAAAUUUUUGUGUGCUGGAAGUCUGUUUCUUGACAAUUUUUAAUAAAUCAGCUGGAACUGAUAGAAGAAACUCUCAUCGCCAGUAGUCUCAAUGGAAGCCAAACUGGAGGUCCUGUUGUCCCAGCGCAUUCAGUGACGAGGCUGUUGUCAGCGCGGCUGGGAGGUGGCAGAAGAGAUUUCUCCUUGUAGAGGGGUUAGGCUGGAAAGUGCUCCAUUGCCAGGCCAAUUUCUUUUUUCCUCUUCAUUCCGUGGUUAUUUCAAAACCGAGGAGGAGAAUCCUGUCUUCCCUUUUCCUCUGCUCCCCUCCCCUCCCCCUUCCCUUUCUCACCUCCAACUCCCCACCU